AUGUAUGCAAUUGUGGAGUUUACUGCUACAGAAGAAGUCGAGGUUGUGCCUUGCACGUGGGUAAAUGGUGACAAAUGUCUGUGGCCAAAAGUGCCAUCAGACAGAGCCACAAGAAUGGUUCGACGCGCAACAAAACCAGAUUCGGGAUUCCUCUCCUAUGAUGCGCUCGUGAAAGGUGUAUUCCACACAUAUGAAGAUGGCCGUGCAAAGUUGGAAGUGGCCCGGUUCAGGUCCGAUUUAUCGGAAUCUGAUGGCGGUGGGAAGCGGAAGAGAAUUAGGCCUUUGCGCUACAGUUCGGAAUCUGAUUCCGAUGAUGACCUUCCGCGCGCCCCCUUGCAGCUUUCCAUGCAGCACAAGACACGUUGUCGACAAACCUCGGGGACAGCCCUGAGCUGUGCUGACUUUCAGCGGCGGGUUAUCACCAGUUUAAAUAUCGUAAGGCACAAUCAGGCUGAAAUUAUACAGAUGCUGACAGCAGCCCUAAAAAGAAAUAGUCCUCCAGAUUCAGAAAUUUCAAACACUCCUGAGCCAGUGCUGCGCUGCCCACUGGACAGUGUGCGAGAAGUCCUCGAUUUCAAUGAAGAACUGACUGAUGGAAAAAGUGAAGCUCUGGUUCUGGACCUUAUGGGUUAUGGUACAAGAACCCUGAACACAACUAUUAAGUCAAUGAUGGCUUAUAUAAUGAGUGAUCAGGCUGCGUCUGAAUUUAGUAUGGAUGGCCGCAAAGGCAAGGUUCGAUUUAGGGACCUGAAGCUCGUCAAGGUUCUGUUCUCGGCUGCUCGGCGGACACGCCACCACAAAGACUGCACGGUAGACGACGUGCUCUACCACAUAAAGGAGUGGCUGCGCAGGGCAAAAGAAAGGUGUGCAGCCACUGCGAAGAAAGACUAA